UCUCGCAGCCUCUUUUCAACCAGCGUUGUCUGCGUUGCUUUCCAGAAGACAUCCUCAAAGGAAAAGCGUGCGCGUCCCGCUGCAUCCUUCCCGGAGCGAUGGGAGAGGCCGAGACGCGACAGAAAUUGCUGCGCAAUGUGAAGAAAGAGGUGAAACAAAUUAUGGAGGAGGCUGUAACAAGGAAAUUUGUGCACGCAGACAGCAGCCACAUCAUAUCCUUCUGCGCUGUAGUGGAGGCCUGCAUGCUUCAUGGACUGAAGCGACGUAUUGCAGGUCUGCUCUGCAGUAACAAGGUUGCAGCACUUUUUAUGAAGGCGGCAAAAAGCUGUUCGCCCGCUGAGGAACUCUGUCACAAAGUCCAGGAGCUGGAACAGCUCAUCGAAAGCAGCAAACAGAACAAUUCUUCACUGAGUAAAGACUGCGGGAGGCAAUCCAAGUUGGCCAACAUCCCCCCGCAGGCACUGAAACACCUCUGGAUCAGAACGGCACUGAUGGAGAAGCUCCUGGACAAGAUUGUCCUGUACUUGGUGGAGAACAGCGGUGCCUUCUAUGAGAAAGAAGGCAUGCUGAUGGAUCUUGUGGAUGGACCCAUUCUUGCAUCUCUAUUGGUCGGCCCUUGUGCUUUGGAGUACACCAAAGUUAAAACUGCAGACCACUUCUGGACGGACCCAUCUGCUGAUGAGCUUGUGCAGCGGCAUCGCAUCCACAGCGGCCACUGUCGGCAGGAUUCACCCUCAAGACGGCCUGCCCUGAUCCAGAAGAGACAGUCCAGUGGUAGCAUGGAUGAUCGCCCUCUCAUGUGGGUGAGGGACUACGUUGAAUCACUCCACCAAAACUCCAGAGCCACACUUCUGUUUGGGAAGAACAAUGUGCUGGUGCAGCCGAGAGACGACAUGGAGGCCAUCCCAGGCUACCUUUCUCUACAUCAAGCUGCAGACCUCAUGACACUGAAAUGGACACCCAAUCAGCUGAUGAAUGGCAAUGUGGGGGAGCUGGAUUCUGAGAAAAGUGUUUAUUGGGAUUAUGCUAUGACAAUUCGCUUGGAGGAGAUUGUGUAUCUUCACUGUCAUCAGCAAGUGAACAGUGGUGGGACAGUCGUUUUGGUGAGCCAGGAUGGGAUCCAGAGACCUCCUCUACAUUUCCCCAAGGGAGGCCAUCUCCUCCAGUUUCUGACCUGUCUGGAGACCGGCCUGCUACCUCACGGACAGCUGGACCCACCGCUCUGGAAUCAGAGAGGAAAAGGAAAGGUUUUCCCCAAACUGCGAAAUAGGAGUCCACACGGCUCGUGUGAUUCUGUAUCCGAUAAGGAAGAUGAUGAAGCAACCGAUUAUGUGUUUCGGAUCCUCUUUCCUGGCAAUCAUAUGGAGUUCAUGGCCCUGGAGCUGAUGGACCAGGGCGUGAACAUGUGGCAACCGGCGCCCAGAAAGUCCUCGUGUUCCUCCUGCUCACAGAAUGGCUCCUCUGACGGCUCGCUGCCGAACGGCUGUAAUCAGGAAAGGGCUCCCUUAAAGCUCCUUUGUGACACCAUGAAGUACCAGAUAAUCUCCCGUGCAUUCUAUGGAUGGCUUGCCUACUGCCGUCAUCUGUCCACAGUUCGUAUACACCUUUCUGCUCUGGUCAACACCACUAUCGUUGACCCUGAUGUACCCUGUAAUGCCCGAGGAGGACUCUCGGUGGAGGUCUGGGGCCGGUUCCUCAAGGAUAGCUCGGCGUAUGAGGAAGAGGAAAUACGCAGGCUUGUGUAUUUUGGUGGCGUGGCUCCUUCACUACGCAAAGAGGUCUGGCCCUUCCUGUUGGGACACUACCAGUUCACCAUGAAUGAGAAAUGCAGGCUAGAGAUUGAUAAGCAGAUGCGGACCAUGUAUGAGCAGACUAUAAAGGACUGGCAUGGUUGUGAGGCCAUAGUCCUUCAGAGGGAGAGGGAGAAGCAUGCUGAGGCCAUCGCCAGAUGUUCGUCUGGAGCCAGUGUGGAAAGAGGGCCAGUGCAGCGGGACUCCACCAUCAGCAUAGAUUCGUCUCUAAGUAGCAGCUCAGAUCAACACAACACCCACUCACAAAGUGAUUCCAGCAGCAGCACACAGGUAUUUGAAUCGGUUGAGGCAGCGGAUCAGAUUGAGACUGAGCCGAGGGUUGAGGGAGGAGAAGCACAGCAAAGUAGUCCACCGAAGGACACCACAAGUGGCACUGCAGACAGCCCACAACUUCCUUCAGGCAGCCCCUCCUCCCCAGGUCUGUCAAACCAACAUCCGGGUUCAGAGUCAGCUGUUGGAGCUGCAACCUCUCAGCAGUCAGAAGCGUCACAAGUCUUACCUGAAAAACCUACAACUGGAUCACAGUCAGGAAGUGAGGAUGUAAUGGACCCAGGAGCCAAAGCUCUGACUUCAGAGACGAAGAUGGAGAAAAUUUCAGAAGGUGAGAUGGUCAAGGACUGUGGAAACAAGUUACAGGAGACCUCUGAAUCGAAAGAAAAACCUGAACUAGAAGAAAAGAAAUCUGAAGAUUUAAAAGCAGUCGACACAAAUAUGAAUUUAAGAAGUAUUCCAGAGAGCACUAAUGUUCUAAAGCUAGAAAGAGAGAUUCAUAAUGAAUAUUUCCAAGCACCUCCACUCGGGCAGACCUUGCUUUUUCAAUCACACAAGAGCAAAGAUCUGGAGCCAUUUUGUGCACCUUUAUCAGAAAAAAAUGCUAAUCCAGAGGGAGAAAAAAAGUUGGGGAUUUCUGAAAUACCCGAGCCAGCUUCUGAAAAAAAGGCCUGUACCACAGAGCCAGAGAGAAAGGAUGCUGGAGGAACAGUGAGUGAGUUGUCUGAACUCAAAAAAGACAACGCUGCAGAAAUUCCAUUUGAGAAACCUGGUUCAGAUUCCCCUGUCAGACAAGUACUAAAUGCUCUGCAGUCAAGGGGCAGCCUUUCAAUAUCGUGCCACUCUCGGCGGUCUCCGGACACGGCAGAUUCAGAUGACUCUCCUUCGGCCCUGGAAAUGGAGGACAUUCCUGCAGGGACAUGUGUGACCUCUGAGGAUAUUAAGGCCAGGCCUCUGGCUGGUCUUGCUGCUCCCCCUGUCCCCCCUGCGCAAAGAGAGAAAAUGGCAUCAGAGGACCUCGUCCUAGAUCACCACCUGGACUCAGCCUGUAACACCAGUCCUGAGGGCACUGACCUGGGCCUUUCCGAAGAGGAGCCUGAGAUGGAAAAUGUGCUCACUGAACCAGAGUCUGCCGAGGUGGGAGGAGACACCAAACACGCUGAAUCCUCAGAAGAACAAACCUAUUCCCAAGAAACGUUGGACAUGUACUUGAUAAACUUACAUCGCAUUGACAAAGACGUCAGACGUUGUGACAGAGCGUAUUGGUACUUCACUCCUGAGAACCUGGAGAAGCUGCGUAACAUCAUGUGCAGUUACGUGUGGAAGCAUCUGGAUACAGGUUACGUUCAGGGCAUGUGCGAUCUGCUGGCUCCCCUACUGGUUAUUCUUGACGAUGAGGUCAUGGCAUUUAGCUGCUUCACUGAACUAAUGAAGAGGAUGAACCACAACUUUCCACAUGGAGGGGCAAUGGACUCUCACUUUGCCAACAUGCGUUCUCUUAUCCAGAUCCUGGACUCUGAGCUGUUUGAACUGAUGCAGCAGAAUGGAGACUACACUCACUUCUACUUCUGUUAUCGCUGGUUUCUACUUGACUUCAAAAGAGAAAUGGUGUAUAAUGACGUGUACUCCGUGUGGGAAACAAUCUGGGCAGCCAAGUACACCUCCUCUGACCACUUUGUGCUCUUCAUUGCUCUUGCACUUGUGGAGAUGUACAGAGACAUCAUCCUAGAAAAUAACAUGGACUUCACAGACAUCAUCAAGUUCUUUAAUGAAAUGGCCGAGCGACACAACGUUCCGCAGGUCCUGAUGAUGGCUCGAGACUUGGUCAACAAAGUGCAGACGCUCAUAGAAAACAAGUGAUGCUGCCGUCUCUACUGCCACUCCCACAUUUAUUUGUGCUUAAUUUUUUUAAGAUGAUGACACGGCCACAUACACAAUAGUCAUUUAUUUAAGAGGAAAGGAAUACAUGUAAAUGAAUUGCAGUGAUUGGUAAGUACUGAAAAGACAACUGAUCCUUAUUUUUAAGACAAACUUAUUUCCAGUUGCUCCUCUCUAUAUUCAGGAGAUGCAAUUUUACUGCCAGUAGAUUUAUUUUGAAAGUGUUAUUGUUCACCUCGUGAAUGUACCCUUGAUGAAAAUGCUUCAGGUUGUUAUUUAUUUUGCCUUAAAUUGAGCUAUUCUUACAGGGAUACAGCAACCAAAUGAGUCACUGUAUUGUUCUAAGGUCUAAGUUCUACACAUGUCGUGAUGCACUUGAAUAUGUUUUCAAUACUGUUAUUAUUUUUCGCUGAAAUUGUAGCUAACAUGUUUAAACAUCUUGUGAUGCACUUGAAUAUAUAUUUCAGUAAUAAUAAUGUCUAGCGUUAUCGGAGGAUUUGGUUUGGUAAAGGUUAGCGGUACAUUAGAGGAGGUUGUGUCUACGUUGUCUGAGUGGUUUGCUUCUCAAGAGCCGUGGUGAGGACCUCCGGCUGGCUUCUCUGAGCCCCGGUGGUCCUCUUCCUCUGUUUGCCUCUGAUGCACACAAGCUGGCCGGGCAUCCAGACCGAAGCUAUGAACUCUGUGCGGUCUUGCAUGAUUGCACAUAGUUUGCAUACAGUACAGUAUCGCCCCUUCCUCUGUUACCAAAACUGCCAUACGUUGUGCUCCUUCCAUGUCGGACCUCCUCUAUGCAUUGAUUCACUUUUGUUUUCUGUGCAGACUGGUUCAAAUGGGUACUCACAUUCUUCUCACCUUAAAUAACACAGUGCUGCUCAGGCUGACGAGUUGAGCCGUUUCUCACCAUACACAGAGCUAACAGAUUCUACUGCUUUGCAGCAUUGCAAUAGCUGCCGUGGUGGUGAUAAACUUAAAGGGGGUUGCAGUGAGGGAAGCAUGCUUCUUUUUUGACUUUGAGAUCAGUUUCAUGUAUUUUUUGCCCAUUUUUGGCCUGCCGAUCUUGGUUGCCUUGUCAUUCUGUUUAUCGCCCAAAAUGUUAGCAACAAUUCUUAUAAUGAUUGUUGAUAUUUCCUGGAAUAACUGUGCAUUUAUCUUCAUUAUUACCCAGAGAUCCCCAUGGCCAUACCCAUUGAAGAAGAGCUCUGCUUGCUAAACACUGAACCUCUCAAUUGAGGCAAAAGUCAGUGUUAUGGAUUCACUUUAGCUUUGACACUUUCCCUUUGUUUCCUGUAAAGCUAGUGUGUACACAGAACGCCUUGACCGCCUCACCUUUUCCAUCAAUUCAUUUAAAAGAGCAGUCCUCUUAUGCUUACAUUGUUAAAUGUUAUCCGGUGCCCUUGGAGGGCUCUCCUUUUAGCGAGACAGAAAUGGUCUCCAGAUGUAUCUAUUGUACACCUCUCCUCACAGUUUCUGUGCAUUGCGCUGUAUUACAGUGCUGCUUAGGGCAUUAGUCAUAACGCCAGAUACUUGGAUAUUAGAUCUGGUUGAAGCCCUCAUCAGGUUUUCACAGUCUAGUAAAUGCCAGAAGGUCAAGUUAAUACACAAAGGGUCAGUUCAGUGGUAGCCAGUCAGUAGUAUGUAGCUAUGCGGAUCAUUUUGGUUUUAUGUGUGUAUGUUUACACCACUGGAUCUUCGGCUUCUAAUCCAAUACAGUGGAAGUUAAUAAUUUGUUCAUCUGAAAAUGAAAAUGUAGAAGCAAAGUGUAUUUCCAGAAACAAUGUGACGGAGACCUUGAUGUCAUUGUUUAAAUUGAUUUAAUGAGGUCUAAGAAAGCCUAAUAAAGUCUGUGAAUCUGAUCAGUUUUGCAGAUACUCUAGAUGGAUUAAAACCUAUAAUCUCCGCAGAUAAAUACAGAACUAUUGACAUGGCUAGAUACCAGCAUAAGUAUGUCAGAAAAUAUGAUUUAUUGGUGCCACUCAGUUACAAAAUAGCCAUAACACACCCAUGUUUGGUUUCCUGUGGCUUAAAUACCAGUGUUUUGAUAUCACUGCUAAUGUGUCUCCACAUCUUCUAAAACAUGCCCGAGUAUUGCUGUUUGUGCAUUGCUGUGUUUGUUGUCAGAAGAUUUACUGUAUACAAUGUGUUAAAAAGAAACAAAGAAAGUACAUAUUUAUUAAAUGCAAUACAAUGUCUGUAUAUGGGCUUUAUCACAGUAUAAUGAACAGAAAGAUAAAAAUGUGCCAUUGGAAAUAAAUAUUUUUUUAAUUUUUUUCUGUCUUCUCAA